AUCUGAAGAAAUUGAGCAAGUUGAAAAUCCUAAUGAACAAAAUAAACAUAAAACAAUUAAAAAUUCUGCAAAAAAACGAUUACAACAAAACCGAGCAGGACAACAAAAAAAACCAAUUUGGGAACAUUUUAAAACAGUUGGUAUAACCAAAUCUGGACAUACUGGUGGGCAAUGUAGUUAUUGUUUGCAAAUAUGGAAGCAAGCUAAAGCAAGAAAUUUAGAAGAUCAUAUUGCUAUCUACUGCAAAAAAGCACCAGCUUAA